CCGUGGUGCAGAGGAGCAUCGAGCCGGCAGACGCUGCACGGUGUCCGUCGGAGGAGCAUCAUGUGGCCGCUGAUCUUCACCGCGCUGCUUCCCUCCGUCAUCCUGACCUAUGAAGUGAACACAGAAAAACUGAGCGGCCUGGCGAGGGCUCGAGUGGAGACGUGUGGUGGAUGACAGCUGAACAGGAUGAGGGAGGUCAAGGCCUUUGUGACCCAGGACAUUCCUCUUUACCAUAACCUGGUGAUGAAGCACAUUCCUGGGGCCGAUCCUGAACUCGUCCUCCUCAACCACUAUUAUGAAGAACUAGAUAGGAUCCCAUUAUCUGAAAUGACUCGCGCUGAGAUUAACAAACUAUUGGCCGAGCUGGGCUUUUAUAAAAAAGAGCAUGCCGAAGACCAAGUGCCCGAGGAGUUUCGCUUCUCUCCAGCAAAAGACAGUCCCUUUGAGGGCCGGCAGUCCAGCACGUCGGCCCCUGAGACAACGGAGCCUUCAGAUUCCCAACACACCGACCUGUAGAGACAUCAACAUCUGAGACCUGCCGGAUUUACAGAGCGUGAGAAACCGAGCCGGAUCUUAAAAAUAGCUCAAUCUACUGUCAACACGGGGCAUAUUGUGAUUAGAUGUGAUUGGCGUUUUGAGUGCAGAGAGAAGCUGAUGUUUGAGGCAGUGGUUUUCUCUCACUGUACUGUAUUUAAGUGUAUUUUUCUGCCCAGCGGGACGUUAAUGAUGUCCACAGCUGUAAAAGCCUGAGAGCGGCUGCGGACUGAUGAUCUGCGUCCUCGUGGGCAGAAAUCAGGCCUUGAACGGACUGUGGGAGUUAGAAAAUAAAUGCUUUAAUAAUAUCACA